UCCACUCAAAUAAUUCAUGCCUAUAAAUUACUAAAACUUCAUUAUAACACCUACUUGAAUCAUUAUUAUAUUAUAUCAUAUUUAUCUACAAUUCUUCCUAAAACCUGCCAAAAACAUGUCUUUACCAUUGAUCAUUGUCCUACUCCUUUCACUCCAAUACCAAACCAUCUUCACAUCAGGGUCCGAUCCAGAUCCGACCCAAGACUUUUGCAUAGGAUCCGAACCCGGAUCCCCUACUUGCAAAAACACUGAUGUAACAGUAGAAGACUUCAUAUUCACAGGCAUAAAAUUCCCAGGAAAUUUCACAAACACAGGUUUCACUUCAAAACCUGUAAAUGCAAAUGUAUUCCCUGGUUUAAACACCUUAGGAUUGUCCAUGGUUCGAGCCGAUUUCGACCUAAAUGGUAUAAAUGUGCCCCAUUAUCAUCCUAGGGCUACAGAAAUUGCUUAUGUUUUAGAAGGAAAAAUCUAUUCUGGGUUUGUGGAUACUCAAGGUAAACUUUAUGCUAGGGUUCUUGAGAAAGGUGAAGUUAUGGUUUUUCCAAGGGGUUUAUUGCAUUUUCAGAUGAAUGUUGGGGAUUCUCCUGCUGCUAUUUUGGGUAGUUUUGAUAGCCAAAAUCCUGGUUUGAUGAAAAUUCCUUCUUCUAUUUUUGGGUCUAAUAUUAAAGAAGAGCUUUUACAAAAAGCUUUUGGGCUUAGUGCAAGAGAGCUUCAUAGGUUGAAGAACAAGUUUACUUCAACUUAAGGAUAUGCCCUCAAGCAUUAGACUAACGGCUUGUCUGGUAAUUGGUACUAAAUUUUGGAAAUCAAAAUGAUUUGGAGUGUAAAUAUUCAUGAUAUGUAUCAUGUAUUUUCAUCAUGGUAAUGAAAGUUUUAUCAUAAAUAAGUUUUUUUCUUGCGUCGGUGGCGGCAAGUAUCAUAAUUCUCUCAGUAAGAUGUGAGUUGGGUUUCGAUUCCUAGCCUAAAAAAAUUAUUGUAUUUCACUCUGAGGCCAAAAAAUAAAUAGAACGGCCUUGAACGAGGAUGUUAUGUUACAUUACUCAUUGUUUAUAAUUAUUGAGUUGAAUUAGUAGUAGAUUUUUAGUAUUAAGGCUAUGAUAUUAUUAUUAUUGUUUUUGUUUGUCGUUUCAAAAAAAUGAAAUUAUUUGAACUUUUUGUGUUAAGCUUGUUUGUUAUAAGAGCUUGUUGCAUUUUUAAUGAAACUUAUUAUUAUCGGCUUUGAGUAAUUA